AUGUAUCUAACGACCUCCGAUCAUUGCCCUUGUAUCCUUAAAAUUCCGAAGGGUGAGGUGUCUAAAAGGCGUUCGUUUAAAUUUGCAAAUUUUCUUACCCAUAAACCGGAAUUUUUGGAGAUUGUGAAACGGGUUUGGGAGAUAGGUAUUGAUGGUGUUCAACAGUUUUGGGUGGUCAAGAAGCUCCGGUUGAUGAAAGCUCCUCUUAGAGCUCUUCUUUUCAAACAAGGAAACUUACAUCGGAACGUUAGCAUGAUUCGAACUAAGCUGGAUGUUGUUCAAAGUCGUAUUGAUAUGGACCCGUUGAAUGUCGAGUUACGGACCGAGGAGGCUGCUAUUAACCGUGAUUAUCAAGCUGCGUGUCUGGAUGAGGAACGGUUUCUUAAACAAAAAUCAAAGGUGGAUUGGCUACAUGCAGGGGAUAUGAACACGGCAUUUUUUCACUCCUCGUUGAAAGCUAGAAACCAUAUUAGCCGUAUUAAUGCUAUCAAGGAUUCGAGUGGUGACGUGUUUGAAGGUGAGGAUGUUCCUAAAGCUCUUAUCCAGCAUUAUGAAAAGUUUUUGGGUUGUCGGGGUGACAUUGGCUCGUCGCCAACGGCUGACAUGUUCUCGGCUACCCUGAAUUCGGAUAUUGCGAAUCAUAUGGUGCGUCAGGUUACGGCGGAUGAGGUUCGUAAGGCUAUGUUUUCCAUUGGUAUUAACAAAGCCCCAGGUCCGGAUGGUUAUACAUCAGCGUUUUACAAAGGUGCUUGGACGGUUAUAGGAGAAGACGUGUCAAACGCUAUUAUUGAUUUCUUUUCUACUGGUAAGUUGUUACGGGAAUUAAAUCAUACAGUUAUUGUGCUAGUGCCGAAAGUUGCCACCCCUUCCAAUGUUACAGAUUACCGUCCAAUAGCGUGCUGCAAUGUUUUAUACAAAUGCAUUAGUAAAAUUCUUGCUGAUCGUAUUAAGGGAGCUCUUGAUACGAUUGUCAAUAUCAAUCAAUCAGCUUUUGUUCCGGGUCGGAAAAUCUCGGAUAACAUUUUACUUACUCAGGAGCUCAUGCAUAAUUAUCACAGGAAUGUCGGGCCUCCGAGAUGUGCAUUUAAGGUAGACAUACAAAAAGCCUAUGAUACUGUUGAUUGGAGAUUUCUGAGAGCUGUGCUGCUAGGGUUUGGGUUUCAUGAUAAGAUGGUCAGUUGGAUUAUGACCUGUGUUUCUACACCAACCUUCUCGGUUUGUGUUAAUGGUGAUAUUCAUGGCUAUUUUCGAGGUGAACGUGGGUUAAGGCAAGGGGAUCCACUCUCCCCCUACCUGUUUACGCUUGUCAUGGAGAUUUUAACGGGUGUUCUGCAUCAUGAAACACGGUUGGAUUCCUCAUUUCGGUUUCACAACAGAUGUGAGAAACAGCAGAUUGUUAACCUGUGCUUCGCGGAUGAUCUUUUCUUAUUUGCUAGAGGAGAUGUGAGCUCUGCAAGAUGUAUUAUGUCGUCUCUCACUAAAUUCACGAAUAUGUCAGGUUUGGUUCCUAGUAUUCAAAAGAGCACGAUUUUCUUUUGCAAUGUCCCUCAACAUGUGAAAACUGCUAUUCUAAAUGUCAUGCCUUUUGUGGAGGGAUCUCUUCCAGUAAGGUAUUUGGGGGUUCCGCUCAUUUCCACUAGAUUGCUUUAUAAAGAUUGUAGUGUGCUGGUUGAAAAAUUAGAUAAGCGUAUCUCCAACUGGAAGAACAGGCUUCUUUCUUUUGCUGGCCGGUUACAGCUUAUUGUGUCUGUUCUUUCCUCUAUGCAUGUUUAUUGGUCCUCGGUUUUUAUCUUACCGACUCGGGUGAUUCAUGACUUAGAAGCUAGAAUGAGGAAUUUUCUGUGGAGUCAAGAUAAUUCGUUUAGAAAAGGUAGGGCAAAGGUGUCUUGGAAAUCGGUUUGCACUCCGAAGUAUGAAGGGGGAUUGGGUAUUAGGCGUAUUGGUGAUUUUAAUAAAGCUCUUAUGGCAAAUCAUGUUUGGGGUAUCCUCACUAAACGUAAAUCUCUCUGGGUGGAUUGGGUGCAUGACUACAAGUUAAAAGGUAAAAGUUUCUGGAUAGUAAGGGUUCCUACGAAUUGCUGCUGGAGUUGGCGUAAAAUUCUCCAACUUCGGCCAAUAAUAAGGAAUUAUAUUUGGACGUCUCUUGGGGAUGGAAGUUCAACAUCAGCUUGGUAUGACACCUGGAGUGCGUUAGGGCCUUUAGGUAAUUUUCUGUCUCCUAGAACGAUAACAAAUGCGGGAUUCCGGUUGGAUAGUUCUGUGGCCGAGAUUAAUAUUGAGGGUGUUUGGCAAUGGCCCACGGCUUGGAGGGAUCUUUAUCCCGUCCUUAACCAGUUGGAUCCUAUUCAGCCGAUUGUUUCUAAGAAGGAUAGUGUCAAAUGGCGUGAUGGAGAUGUGAUGCGAGAUGUCUCCGCCUCGUGCAUUUGGGAGUCUCUUCGGUAUAGCGUUACGGAGGUCAAUUGGACGGAAAUUGUUUGGUUUGCGCAGUGCAUCCCAAAACACUCUUUUCUGAUGUGGUUAAUCAUGCGAAACAAGUUACUUACACAAGAUAUUAUCCUUCAAUGGGAUAUAUCGAGGAGGAAGAACAUGAAUAUGUUAUGCUGCUUGCUAUGUUAUCAGAACCAUGACUCGCAUAAACAUUUAUUCUUUGAAUGCAAAUACUCUACACAGGUGUGGAAUAUGGUCCGAGUCAAAGCUGGCAUGGAUAACAUUGGGUCAAAGUGGGAGGAUAUUGUUGCACGGCUUCAGCUCAACAGCCACUCGAAGUCGGUAAAUGAUUAUGUGAGUAGACUUGUAGUGGCAGCCUCUGCUUAUCUUACUUGGCAGGAACGUAAUGCAAGGAUUUUCAAGAAUCAAAUGCGACCGCCGGAAAAGAUCUAUGAUUUAAUUAUUGAGACUGUUCGGUAUAAGAUUAUGGGAGUCAAGUUGAAGCGGAAUGAUAGAGUGCGAAGACUCUUAGGAGAAUGGGGGAUUCCAGAUGCGAAUACGAAUGGUGAUGGCGAUUAA